CCAUCAAAAGCGGACCAAAAAAAUCGAUCAUAAUGGAGAGUCUUUUCGAAUCAUCCAGUCAUGAUUAUGAGCAAGAAGCACGCCGUGUUAACAACGCCGUGUUCAUCUCCAAGGACUGCGAAGCUUCGGAGGAAAGCGAGUCGGAAGACAACGAUGCGUGUUCGGUCGUGUCUCGAAUGACCGAAAGGACUCUAAAAGCGUGGGAAGGACUGGCGCUGGAAGAUUAUAAUUCGGAUUCCAGUACCAGCACAACAGUGUGUAAACUUGUGCCAAGACGAAAGGAAUACGACCCGGAGGCCUACAACAAGUGGUUGAAGGCCAAAAAUGAAGCCGAGCGCAAACGCAAAGAACAAGAACAACGACGCAAGAAACGAGAAGAAACCAAGAAACGGUUAGCCGAAGAAAAACGCAAACAAGAAAGUGAAGAAAAGUUAAAGAAAUGGAUGGAACGAAAAGAACAGGAAAAGCAAAAGAGACAACAACAACAAAGUGCCAAAGGUAGAGAAUCGAAACAGAAGGAAACGAAGAAAAAGUGGAUUCCGAACGAGGAAAGCGAAUCCACGUUCAAAGCAUGGCAAAAUCGGGUCAAGCAACAGGAAGAAGAAAGAAAACUGCGUUUGGUGGCCAAGCAGCGGAUGGAGGAGGAGCUCAAACAAGAGCGACAGCAGCUUUCGAAGCUGUUCUAUGACGAGUGGUUGAAAACGUCUUCCUCCAAGCCGAAGCCGGUGCCGCUGAACCAAGGAAUCGACAGCCUUCGGGGUUCCAUCAGCAAGAUGUACAUCAACCCGGUCUCGUGGAAGAGCAACAUUGACUGAGCCGGGAUCGCGGGAGUUGUCUAAUGCCUUCUUUUGCCGUCGCGACCUUUCAGAGCGCCUUGUACAUAUAAACACGUAGCAAUUAGCAUUGAUUGUGAAAGAUAAUAAAUUUCCUGUUAGUAGCGAAUGAAA